GCAACAACCUUCGGCGUCUGCGUAGUUUGGUGUUCUGCUUCUGCCCACAUUGCACAUAGUUCUGAUCAUAAUUUUUGAAUUUAGAGAAAUAUUAGUCCAAAAAUAGUUGAAUCAAAGUUAAGAGACGUCAAUCCUUGACAAUGGAUUUUCAAAAUCGAGUUGGUGGUAAAACGGGAGGUGGUGGUGUAGCAUCAUGGUCGGAAUCAAACAGAGAUCGACGUGAGCGUCUGAGACAGUUGGCCCUCGAAACCAUUGAUCUCAAUAAGGACCCAUAUUUUAUGAAGAAUCAUUUGGGUACCUAUGAGUGUAAACUGUGUUUGACGCUACACAACAACGAGGGAAGUUACCUAGCUCACACCCAAGGAAAGAAACAUCAAAGUAAUUUGGCUAGAAGAGCUGCCAAAGAUGCUAAAGAUUCCCCCAUUCAGCCAUCAUUGGAAAAGGCACGUGUAGACAUCAGGAAGUUUGUGAAGAUUGGCAGGCCAGGUUACAGAGUCACAAAGCAGCGUGAUCCAAACUCCGGUCACCAGAGCAUGCUUUUCCAAGUUGACUAUCCAGAAAUCGCUGAAGGAGUUGCACCUAAACAUAGAUUCAUGUCAGCCUAUGAGCAGCGUAUUGAACCUCCAGAUCGUCGUUGGCAGUAUCUUUUGUUUGCUGCAGAACCAUAUGAAACAAUCGCUUUCAAAAUUCCUUCUCGAGAGGUAGACAAGAGCGAAGGCAAAUUUUGGACUCACUGGAACAAAGACGCUAGACAAUUCUUUCUUCAAUUCUCCUUCAAACUGGAUGGCCGCAAACCUUCCAUGGCUCCUCCACCUCCUCCGCCCGGAAUUCCGCGUCCGCCAGCCAAUUUACCCCCUCCACCAGGAGUCAUGGGCAUGGCUCCACCACCUCCACCUCGACAAAUGUACAAUUUUAUGGGCUAAGUUCUUGUUUUAAUAACCAACCAGUCUUCUCCAUUUACUCCUACGAGACCCACACACUGGGUGAAAAUACAAAUGUUUGUCUCC